CGCGAACACUCCACAUUGUGAUACUGAAAACAGAGGAUGUUUUCAAAAUGACUUUCUUGAGACGUUUGAUAUUUUUGAGGGAAGAACAAAUAUUUCAGCAGUCUUUUUGGUAACCUCAUUUUCAAAGCUGUAUAAUGGCAAAUUUAUCCACUAGGUCCACUACUAGCGGACUCCUUAAUGGUCAGUUUAGAGAAUGAACCCUUGGAAUCAAUGAUUACGGGUUUUCAACUAUACAAAAAGGACGUGGACGAUACUGUUAUUAUCUGCGAUAGUCAUUGUGACUUGAAUCAUAUUCUACAGAUAUUCAAUAGCUGCCCUUCAGCAAUGGGGUUCACUCUUGUGAGCCUCAAUGGAUCGAAAUCCCGCUUUCUCAAUGUAGAACUGACAUUAAUAACUAUCGAAACGUCAAAAAGGUCAAUUUACAAACAGUCGAUGUGGAAUGGUCAACUGACAAACUUUCAUAGUUGGGUCUCUAUGAGUAGCAAACAAAAUCUCUUGCCACUCUUUUAGACGAAUCUGCAGUCCUGAUGAGUUAGAAGAGGAAAUUUCUGUUCCA